AUGGCAUUAGCAUCACAUAUUCUUCUCACUCUUGUUUCUCUUUUUCUUCUCAUUUUCCUCGUCCAACCACAAGUUCCUCCGUCCGAGCAAUUCCGGUUCCUAAACAACGGCGCCUUCGGAGAAUCCACGGUGGAGUAUGGCGCAAGUUACAGAGAUUUAGGUGUCAUCCGUAACCACUUCCGUUUAUGUUUCUUUAACACCACGCCAAACGCAUUCACACUCGCCAUCGGGAUGGGAACGGGAAGCUCCGAUUCCAUCAUCCGUUGGGUCUGGCAGGCUAACCCAAAAAACCCUGUCCGCGAAGAGGCUUCUCUUUCGUUAGGACCUGAAGGGAACCUCGUCCUGGCCCAACCAGAUGGCAAAAUCGUCUGGCAGACAAAAACAGAAAGUAAAGGCGUUAUUGGCUUAACGAUGUACGAAAAUGGUAAUCUUGUCUUGUUUGAUGAUGGAGGAUGGCCAGUGUGGCAGAGCUUUGAUUUCCCAGCGGAUACGCUUUUGGUUGGUCAGUCUCUUAGACUCGAUGGACCGAACAAGCUCGUAAGCCGCGACGGAUCUAAAACUCUAGUCUUAGAGCCUGACCGACUCGUUCUAAGCCAUUUAAUCCCUAGGAGCAACAACAAGUCCGUUGUGUAUUACGUUAUCGAAGGCAGGUUUAUUCCAACCACGACCCUUUACGCAGCUAAAGACCAAGGGAGCACGACCCAGUUAGGGCUAGACACGCCUGGGCUUAGGCCCGAGUUUCCUUAUAAGCAUUUUCUCGCAAGGCCUAGGUUCAACGCGUCGCGAAGUUUUCUCAGGCUCGACGCUGAUGGGAAUCUUAGGAUCUACACUUUUGAUUUCAAGGUCAGUUUUCUUGCUUGGGAAGUAACCUUUGAGCUCUUUAACCGCGGAAACAGCGAGUGUUGGUUACCGUCCAAAUGCGGAGAGUUUGGGAUUUGUGAGGAUAAUCAGUGUGUGGCAUGUCCGUCUGAUAUGGGCUUAUUCGGUUGGAGUAGAGCUUGUAGAGCCAAGAAGGUGAAGAGUUGUGAUCCCAAGACUUUUCAUUACUAUAGACUUGGAGGUGUGGAUCAUUUCAUGACUAAGUACAACGUUGGUCUUGCUGUUGGAGAGAGUAAGUGUCGUUGUUCGUGUAAUAAAGACUGUAAAUGUUUGGGGUAUUUUUACGAUAAGAGUAGCUUUAAGUGCUGGGUUGUUUAUGAGCUUGGGACUUUAGUCAAAGUGUCGGAUUCUAAGAAACUGGCUUAUAUCAAAACUCAAAACUUUUAA